AAGAAAUGCGCCAGUGACAGCUCCAGGACGCAGUGCCUCCGUAAACACCUGCUUCGUGUCGCUGAUUUCAGUUUCCUUCCCUUCCCUCUGUUCGAAGGAAAAUGGCACAGAAAAAAAGAAAAGUGUAGAGAGAAAUUAAAGUGAGAGAUAAAUGACAUUUGACCAGUUGAUCAGAUAAAAAAGGUCAUUAUUUUUGCUGACAUUCCAGACAUGAGACACUUUGUCUAAGAAAUUGUUUUUAGAAACUUGUCCCUGCGCCCAGCUGCUUCUGGCAUCUCUCAUGGAUUUUAUUUUAAACAGAUGAUUCAGGUAAUGGUUCAGCAUGGGUCGAGGGCAGCGUUUGGCCCUGGGCAUCUUUGUCCUUCUGCUUGUGGACAUCAUUUGGGUGGCAUCUUCAGAAUUGUCAGAGUAUAUCUUCAAUGAUGCUGGGUUUGACAAACCAUUCUUCAGUACCUACUUGAAGACUAGCAUGUUCAGCCUCUACUUGCUAGGCUUUGUGUUCUGGAGUCCAUGGAGACACCAGUGCAUUCACAGCAAUCAGGAUGAAAGCAUGUACCAGGUAGUAGAUAUUGCUGACAGUGAGGAGCUGGCAUCACCUGAGGAGAGAAGAUUGGGGAGAGAGAGGGCCUUCUCCACAGCAGCUCCCAUCUUCACUGUUGACCAGCUGGCAUCCAGUGUAGCAAGGGAUGACGACCUAAACGCACAGCUGACGCACUUGGUUCUUUGGCGCUAUUUGCCUGUUGAUCCACCAAAAAGUGAACCCAAAUAUGUCCCACUCAAGCUGCAAGAUCAGCAAGAGAAGAGCUCCGAUGGAGAUUCAGAUGAUUCUUCAGUAAAGUCCGUCCGCUUCAGCAAACUCACAGAAGUACGGCAAAUGUCGGAGUCUGAGGCAGUCGAAGCUAUGAUGUCUCGGCUUUCCUUCUCUGCCUCGCUUCGUGCUGAACAGCUCGCUUUGCAAGCAGCUAAUAAAUUAUCCAUUAAAGAAGUAAUGAAAAUAUCGUGCAUAUUCUGUUUGCUGUGGUUUCUUGGGAACUAUGGCUACCAGAUAGCGCUGAGUGACACAGAGGCUGGUGUGGUCAACGUCAUCUCUUCUACCUCUGGCCUCUUCACCCUCAUCUUGGCUGCCAUCUUCCCCUCAUCAUCAGUAGACAGAUUCACACUCUCCAAGCUAUUUUCAGUCUUACUGAUGGUUGCUGGAGUGGUCUUGGUGAGUUUGGAGGACAUCAGUCUUGAAGGAGCCACUGUGCCUGUGGGUGUGGUGUGGUCCUUGGUCGGAGCUGUGCUGUAUGCCUGUUACAUGGUCUUCCUGAGACGCAAGGUUCCUACUGAAGACCGGAUGGAUUUUACAAUGUUUUUUGGAUUUGUCGGCUUGUUCAAUACCAUAAUUCUGUGGCCGGGAUUUCCUCUGUUAGAUGUCUUAGGAUGGGAAACAUUCCAGUUACCAAACAAGGAGCAGCUUCUCUACAUGUCUGUUAAUGGAUUAAUUGGGACUGUGCUCUCAGAAGUAUUGUGGCUAUGGGGAUGUUUCCUGACCUCUUCUUUGAUGGCCACACUGUCGCUGAGUCUCACUAUUCCCCUCACCAUGGUCGUUGACAUCUUUAUAAAAGAUGUUGAAUAUUCACUCAUCUUUUACAUUGGCGCAAUCCCCAUGAUGCUGUCAUUCAUCAUAGUCACACUGCUUACACACUAUGAAAACUGGGAUCCACUCAUGGAUUGCAUAACAAAAAUAAACAGAAGAUGUUCUAGAAAUAAUCAUAUGUAUAGUUUGGUGGACACAGAAGGCUUGGAAAGAGAAAGCUUGAUAGUGAAUGAAACUGGUGUGGAUGAAGCAGAAGAGGAGGAUGAGGAAGAACUGGACACCACAGGUAUCAACAAUGCCAUUGUUAUCAAUGACAGCGCCUCGGCUUCCAACUCUAUGCCAACAAUGAUUAACAACAUUAUAUAAUACUAUGGAUCAAAGAACUAAUGAUCUGUAAGAAUUCCGUUCUUUUCUUCUCUCCCUCAAGAGAGAACUGGAACACAGUCUUUUAUGAUUUUUCUUGCACUAUGUUGAAAUGGGAAUGGUAAUGCUUACAUUUACAGAAUAUAAGGUACAAGUUUUUUACUUUAGGGAAUACCAUUUCGAUCUCUGGUAGUAUAAGAUUAUCUUUCUUUACUUUGACUGCUUUCAUAGCUGUUGAUGGAAAGAGGAGGGUGAAGGGGAAGAUAAAAAGAAAAUGAAGAGAAAAAUUUGCUUUGGUAGGAACAUGUUAUGAAAGAAGUUCCUAAUAUGAUUGUGGUAAUUUUGGAUGGAAAGAGAGAGGUUGUAAUAACAGAAAUGUGAGAUGUGUCGAGUUUGGAAAUUUGGAUGUCUGGUAAGGAGAUAUGAGAAUGAGACAAAGUGAAAUUUUGAAAGAAGUUAGCAGAAAAUUACUGAUUUUUUUAGAUGUUCCUAAUUAUCAGCUUUGAUUUUUUAAGUGAAAUGGAAUAUAUGAUUUUGCUAUCUUACAUAUCAUGUACACGUAUACUCGUACAAUCACUUUUACAUUCUCACUCUCACAUACACUCAUACUCGGACUUGCACUCACAUUCACACUCACACUCACACUCACACUCACACUCACACUCACACUCACACUCACACUCACACUCACACUCACACUCACACUCACUCACAGUCACUCACACAUACUCUCACACUCAUACAUUCACAUGCACUCACUUGAGUGACUUCAUCCUUUUGAUAUGUGAGUGAUUAUCUCAAUAAACUUAUCAAAAAAAAAAAAAAAAAAACUUGCACUAACACUAACAUUUAUGCUCACAAUUGCUUUUAUAUUCACACUCACAUUCUCUUGCAUUCAGACACACAUUGGAACUCACUUACAGAAAGUAAGUAUUUUGCCCUCAGAAUAGGUGAAAUAAUUACAUGCAUUCAAAAGACAUGAUUUUAUAGUACUAUAUGUUGUGGUAAAUAAGAUGUGCACUUGUUAAUUAUCCAGAUAAUUUUUAAGUAGAUAUUUUUUAUAUGACAGUAAUUUGAAUUUAACCAAAAUGUGUAGAUCUUAAAAUAGUCAGUAAAUAUCAAUUGAAAUUCCUUAAAUUACCAGCAGUCAUUUACUUCACAGCAAACAGAGAAACACUUGUCUCCCUUCUGUAUAUACCUGGCAGCUACCCCCUUUUAGUUUACAGUGAUAUCUUAUGGUGACAAUGUACUUGUUAACAUAAUGUAGCCUAUCCCUGGCUGAAGCUAAGACUGUCUGUCCGUUUCAGGUUAGUGCUCAGUUCAUUGAAGUGAUCUGUACUGAACAAAUAACUUGACAGUAAAUCUUCUGCAAGUUUAUUUUAUUAUAUUUCACGUUAGAUUUGUUACAGGGAUAGAAUUUUCCACAUAAAUGGAUUUCCAAAUUUUUCAGUCAUUGAAUUCAACUAUAUUGGUAUCAGUUUUUAUAUUAUCUAUUUCCACUUCUGUUAUCAAUGAAGUAAAUAUAUUUCCAGUGUUUUAAAUAUGGUCAGUUUUCACACUUUUUUAUUAAUAUACAUUCUCAUCCCUGGCCUUGUUUCAGUGUCUCUUAUAUACCACAAGAUAUGGUAAAUGUUUUUCUUUUUUUUAUAUUCUUUCAUAUACGCUUUUAAAUUGUAAAACAAGAAUACUUACGGUUACAGGGACAUGAGAGGGAAGGAUUACCGCAUUGUUGAUAUAUUAUUUUCUGAUGCGAUUUGUAGGUAAGUUGCACUUAGGCCUAGAAUAUAAAUGUAAAACCUUGCCUGAAAUUUACUUAUGUCUUCAUUCAUAUUGGAGAUGCAUCUUAGAAUGUCAUUUAUGAAAAAAUGUCAUAAUUUUUGACAAAUGAACCAUGUUGUAGUAGUUAUCAGAAUGAUUAUGAGUCGUACUUCCAUCAUAUUAUGUGUUUAAUUACAGAUCAAUGAUUAAGACAUAAUACAAUUUGAAUGCUUUCACUUAAUUUAAGUAUUCAAAAAAUAGUGAAAGUAAUUACUUACCUUUUGUGAUGGUAUUAGAGGACAACUAAAUAAGUAAUUGGCUGAUCAUAUAGGGUUUGCAAAGUAAGUGAUUUCAGGAUUGUUUCUGAACUUUAUCUGCACAAAAGCAUGAAGAUGCAGCUUGUAUAAAUAGCUCACUUCACAUACAGCUCUACUUUUUACUUAAUUGAUAAGAUGAGAUGAUGUAAGCUAGAUAAGCUGUUUUAAUGCUUAAGAAAAUGGAAGUGAUAUUAGUUCUUUUCCCCCAUAAGUCAGAAAAAGUUAAAUAUUCAUUUAAGCACUAUUUGGAUGCAAUCACAUGUGAAUUAAUUCAGUAAGCCUGAAAGAAAACUUAUGGUCCAAUAUCCAUCUCACAUAGGAUUGUGCAGAGGAUUGGGACCAGUAUAAACCAGGUAAAUAAUGUUGGCAGCUCUCUCCCCACAUUCAUAACAGAGAAAAAUGUUAUUACAGUUUACUUGCAGGGAAGAAUGACUUUAAUGUAGUUGCACCUUGGGAAGUUUUGGUGCACAUUGAUUGAUUUAUUCUUAAUAAGAAAGGCCACUCAUUACCAGAGACCAAAAUUCACAAAAUAUUCUAUGUGCAGUUAAUAUAGAUAACAUCUGACAUAUAGAAUGUUAUUCCUUUUUUUUUUUUUUAUAUUUUUUCCCCCUUAAAAAUAGAGCAAGAACACACCAUUUUACAAAGACAGGCAAAGUUUUAAUUUCUUGUGUUCAAAUCGCAAAGUUCAGUGGUAAAAUUUUUAUGAUUUGAUACUUAAUGUUGCUGGAUAGUUGGGGGAUUGAUAUGCUAGUUACUGUCCUAUAACCAUUAAAAUUUUUAUUGUUUUUAUUAACUUUACGUAAAUAUCUAUUGUAAGCCUAAAAGGGCAGUUGAAAUAACAGAGCUAUUAAUUGCCUUUUCAUGAAAUCAGUCAUAAAUAUUGCUACAGUUGGGAAAUUCAGAUGCAAAGAGCUAAGAUUCUCUACUAUAUUGAAUGGCAAAUGUGAAAAAAAAUUUGUCUGCAAAAAUAUUCUCAGCGUAUGCAGAUAUGACAAAUUCAUUCAUAUUUUUUUUUAAUCAAAAGAAUGUAUAGCUUUCCUACAUCUUGCAAGAUGCAUUUUAGUUUUGACUGGAAAGAAAGUUCUUUGUUGUUUCCCUUGUCUUCUGUUACUAUUUUAUUGUAUAUGGCUCACACAUGAAGUAUCUUCUGCUGACUGAAAUUUAUAUCAGUGUCAUGAACUUAGGUUCAUUGAAAUGAGAGAAAAAAAUACACUUUUUGUCAAAUGGAACAAGUGACAUCAAAUAGCAUCACUUUUCAUACCGUUCAUAUAGUUGAACCUACCUCACUUUCUCUUCCUUUGUAAUUUUGUUUAUGUUUCCACAGUUGUUAAAAUAGAAGAAGGAAAAAAUUGCGACCUUUAUAUUAUAGCUGUAUAUAAGUCGAUUCUUUUCAUAGACUUUAAAAUUUAAAAAGGUAAGGUAAAAUGGUUGCCUUAUCAGUAAACUAUUUUAGUCCAAAUCCAUGACAAUGUUGUUCCUAGUUAUUUUGAUUAUGUUGUGCAAUAUUAUACAACAGAAGAGGGAAAGGUGGAUACUUGUGUGCUUGCAUUUGUGUGUGUGUCAGCUCUGAGAUCUAUUUAGAAAUCAAGUGGUAUAUUUGCUAUAAUAUCAUUGCACAUGUGCUUGUACACACACUUGCGCAUGCACAAACAUCAACACACAUACACAAGCACAGACAUGAACACACAUGCGCAGGCACAAGCUCAUUCAUACACACUCAUGCUCCCAUACUCAUUUGUACAUUCACACUCAUACUUACACCCACAUUUGCACUCACACUGUCACUCUCACUCCUCUCAUUCAUUCAUUCACUCUUUCACUUUC